GUAGCCACUCUCUAUGGAUCCAAAUAGGAAGAAAAAGCUUUAGCUGGUAUACCUCUUCUUUCCUCUACUCUCACAGCAGUAGGAGAGAAAGAGUCCGUAACUAAAGGUGGCGGAAUGGCUGGUCUUCUGGCUUUGGCCCGGAUCUCUGGUGUCCUGGUCGCUAUCCUCGUGCUCGUGUGGACCCUCUCCUUCCGUACCACCUUUCUUCUUCCCAUUUCUACCACCUCCGCCGCUGCCACUUCCCAGCUCGACCAUCUCUAUUCCGUCCUCCACCCCCUUCUCAUGGUCAUCGGCUUUAUCCUUCUCAGCGGCGAAGGGAUACUGGCGCACAGGUGGCUCUCGGGGUGGUCGCGGAAGUGGAUGCACCUCUCGCUCCAAGGGGCGGCACUCGGUUUCGGGCUUUUUGGUAUUUGGGCCAAGUUCAAGGGCAACGAUGGAAUCCUGGCCAACUUCUAUAGCCUCCACUCUUGGAUGGGCCUCCUCUGCGUCGCUCUCUUCGCCGCCCAGUGGGUGGUGGGGUUUCUGAGCUUCUGGCGCCGGGGGGAGGGCCGGCGGACGCGGGCGGCGCUGCUGCCGUGGCAUGUCUUCGCGGGUAUCUACACCUACGGCCUCUCCGUCGCCACCGCCGAGACCGGCCUCCUCGAGAAGCUCACCUUCCUCCACAUCAACCGUGGUCUCCCCCGCCGCUCACCGGAGGCGACGCUCGUUAACGCCCUCGGCCUCGCCCUCGCCGUUCUCUGCGGCCUCGUCGUCCUCGCUGCGGUCUCUCCAAAGCAACGUAGCAACAAGGAUGAUAACAUUGCUACUAUUAAGACCAGCCAUUGUUAUUCUAACGGUCAUCAGAAGGCUAUAAAUUUUGUGCAAUCUUACAAUAAUGAUGAUGGUACAUUGAAUGGAAAAGGGAUUCCUUUUUAGCCGAUUA